UAGUGUUUACAGUAUUUUGCUCAUGCGCGGCCCAUCAUAGGAAUCAGCGAGCGGUGGCUCAAGCGAUACGGGGCGGGGGCGAGCGUCGGACGGUGCACCAGACUGGACAUGUGGUAGGAAUGGCGGUCAAGACCACGGGUGCAGCUUGGGGAGUGGACCAUCUACGAAGCUUGAUGGGCCUGCUACAUCUCUGCCUUACAGAAGUGGCCACCGCCAUUGACCCUCCUCUAACGCAGGAGGGUCCUCCUCAAAUCAUGGGGGAGGGCGGCCGGAGAGUGCAAGCGGAGGUGGGAGGCGCUUGUGGUGUAGUACAAGGUGGGUGCAGCGUUGGGAUGUAUGGUUCGGGGUAUCAACGGAGCACCACUCUGCAAGUGUUCUGUAUCUGCGAGCCUGCGAUGUCUGUCAUUCUACCUCUGUUUCAGUAUAUGAAAGCAGCUUCUGGAGUGUUGUUUAGAUAUUUUAUUAAAAAGCACUAGACUAUUAGUAUGGAGGAACUCAUCAUGAAUCUAUUCGCUUCCUGAAAGAUUCCUCUUUUAUGGAUGAUUUGUCAUCCCCCACCAAAAAAAUGUUAAAGGAGGUAUGAAUGAUGCGGAUUAGAUUUCUCGAACCUCGUCAUAUAACUCUCUUGAAGUAUUGCGUUC